AUGCCGCUGGAGUUCGAGCUGUGCCCGGGCCGGCGGGUCGGGGGGGCCCAACCCUGCUUCAUCAUCGCCGAGAUCGGCCAGAACCAUCAGGGGGACCUCGCCAUCGCCAAGCAGAUGAUCCGCAUGGUCAAGGAGCGUGGAGCAGACUGUGCCAAGUUCCAGAAGAGUGAGUUGGAGCACAAAUUUAACAAGAAAGCCCUGGAGAGGCCCUAUACCUCCAAACACUCCUGGGGAAAGACUUAUGGAGAGCACAAGCGCCACCUGGAGUUCAGUCAUGACCAGUAUCGAGAGCUAAAGAAAUAUGCAAAGGAGAUAGGCAUCUACUUCACAGCCUCUGGCAUGGAUGAGAUGGCGGUCGAGUUUCUGCAUGAACUGGAUGUUCCAUUUUUUAAAGUAGGAUCAGGGGAUACUAACAAUUUUCCAUAUUUGGAAAAAACAGCAAAGAAAGGUCGCCCAAUGGUAAUUUCCAGUGGGAUGCAGUCAAUGGACACAAUGCACAAGGUUUAUCAGCUUGUGAAACCGAUCAAUCCCAACUUCUGCAUUCUCCAGUGCACCAGCGCUUACCCUCUUCAGCCUGAAGAUGUCAACCUCCGUGUGAUAACGGCGUAUCAGUCAGCUUUUCCAGAUAUCCCCAUUGGCUAUUCUGGACAUGAGUCUGGCAUAGCCAUUUCAGUAGCAGCAGUUGCUAUGGGUGCUAAAGUACUGGAACGCCAUGUGACUUUGGACAAAACAUGGAAAGGAAAUGAUCACCAGGCAUCCCUGGAGCCGAAUGAACUGGCAGAAUUAGUGAGAACAAUCCGUCUGGUGGAAAAGGCAAUGGGGUCUCCAGUCAAACAGCUCUUGCCCUGUGAAAUGGCCUGUAAUGAAAAGCUGGGGAAGUCUGUGGUGGCAAAAGUGACUAUCCCUGAAGGUACGGUGCUGACUCUUGACAUGCUCACAGUGAAGGUGGGAGAACCUAAAGGAUACCUCCCAGAAGAAAUUUUUGAUCUGGUUGGCAAAAAGGUCAAAACAAACAUUGAAGAAGAUGAAACAAUCACUGAGGAUGCAAUAGAAAAUCAUGUUAAAAAAGUGAAAUGCUAAAUGUAAGCAUUCACAUCU